GGCCUCGCGCGGCACUUCCGGGUCGGCGUCGCCAGGGGCGGCGGCGGCGGCGCCGGUGCCGGUGCUGUUAGGCCAUGAAGGCUUCAGUGGAACUAGAGAUGCAGUAAAACGGAGUGGAUGAGGCGUACAGUUAAAUCUCGGCUAGAAGCUUGACACAGAACGCCAGUGCACUAGCCGUAUCGGAGGUAGCCGCGUUUCCGAGUACCUGGCUGCUUUGGGGCUGUAGAGCUGUAACAUGUUUGCAAAGCUGAAGAAGAAGAUCGCAGAAGAGGCAGCUAUUGCGCCUCGCCCGGGAGGAGCUGCCAGGAUACCUAGGUCUGUCAGCAAGGACUCGAUUACAUCUGUGGGAGCAGACUCGGGAGAUGACUUUGCUUCUGAUGGAAGCAGCUCUAGAGAAGAUCUUUCAUCCCAGUUGUUGAGAAGAAAUGAACAGAUAAGAAAACUGGAAGUCAAGCUGUCUGAUUAUGCUGAUCAGAUCCGAAACUUGCAGAAGAUAAAAGAGAAGCUUGAAAAUGCAUUAGAAAAGCAUCAGGAUUCCUCCAUGAGGAAGUUUCAGGAGCAGAAUGAAGCUCACCAGGCCAGCCGAGCCAAGAUGGCUGAAGGAAUGGCUUUGGCCUUGGAAAAAAAGGACCAGGAGUGGAUGGAAAAACUGGGUCAAAUUGAAAAGGAAAAAAGAAUGCUUGAAACACAGUUACAAGAAAUGAGGGAGCAGAGUUUAAACCUUUUUCAAAAGAGAGAUGAAAUUGAUGAACUGGAGGGCUUUCAGCAGCAAGAGAUGGCCAAGGUUAAACACAUGCUUUUGAAAAAGGAAGAAUCUCUGAGCAAAGCAGAACAGGAACUAGAGGCAUGCACUCGAGAAUUAACUCACACUAAAGAGGUGCUUCAGGAUACAAGCAACGUGUCAUUAGGCCUAAGAAAAGAUCUUCAGGAGUUGCGGCAGCAGUUCUUGGAGCUAGAGGCACAGAGAGAUGAACUAAUGACAGCUGAGACAAAUGCGGAAAAUAAGAUCACUGCUCUGGAGUUAAGAGAACAGGAGCUACAAACUGUCAUUCAGCAGCUCUCUGUAGACUUGCAAAAUGCUCAAGUUGCUGGUUCUGGUUGUGAGAAGAGCCUGGAAAUUUUACAGGUAGAGCAUGAAUCUCUGAAGAUGGAAUAUGAACAACACAAGCAAAAGAUGACUCUUGAAUAUGAUGAGAGAAAUAAAUUUAUUGAACAGCUACAGGAAAAAGUCUUGUCUUUGGAAAAGAAGCUAGAAAGAAAUCUUUCAGGGGAUGAACAUGUGCAGGAACUUCUCAAAGAGAAAACUGCUCUUGAGCAGAAACUGGAUGAAACCAGGCAGCAGUUACUGACAGACAGAACUCAUCAUGCUGAGACUACGAACCUAUUGGAAACACAGAAUAAAGAACUGGAACAAAAGCUACAGAUUGCAGUAGAAGCAUUAAAGAAGAGCAAGGAAGAAGCUGAUGAGCAGGAUCUGCAGAGCCAGAUGUUGCGGACUGAUCUAGAGAAUGAAAGAAGUAAAUUGCAGGAGCAGAUUUUAAGUGUGAAACACGAAUAUGAAGAGAAAGUUGCUGGUCUGGAGUCUCAAAUAACUGCUCUUAAAACAGCUUGGGAAUUUGAUAAAACAACUACUCAACACAAGCUAAGCCAAUUGGAAAAGGAAAAUGAAGAUCUUAGUAAAAGCAGAGAAGAAUAUGAGAGCUCUUUGAAAAAACAAGAGUCUGAACUGGACAGGCUGAAGAAGGAAUUAAGCAGUAGAGAAACUGUCAGCAUUGAAAUUGCCAAAGUGUUGGAAGAAACACGAAAACAAAAAGAGGAAUUACAACAGCAGGUUUCACAUCUGGUUUCCUUAAUAGAGGAAAAGGACCAACUGAUUGUUGAAAAUUCUGACAUGCUUCUAAAAAAGAAGGAAGAACUAAACCAACUCAGUCAAGACCAUGAAGCUGUUUUGCUGCAAAUGCAUCAGUUGCAAUCUGAUAUAGAAGCAAGUAAUAGCCAAGCAGCAGAGAAAGAACAAACAACAAGAAAAGAAAUGGAUGAACUGAAAUUGCAGAUACAGGAGUGCCUGCUGGCCAGAGAACAUGAGAGAAAUGCUUCCGAACUAGAAGAAUCAGCAAGAGCCUUGAAUAAUAAACAUUUACAUCCUCCAGAAAACCGUGUGAUGGAACAGAAUGGAGAGGUGGCAGCUGCAGACAUCAUUCAACUUCAAAAAGAGAACAGAGAGCUGGAACAGCAAAUCUCUGAGAAAAACAAGAUAAUAAAGCAGCUACAGCAGAGAAUGACAGAACUAAAAAAAACACUCCAGAAAGAGUUGAAAAUAAGGCCUGACAUUGAGGGACCUGAAGUACGCGAAAAAACAAAUUCUGAAGUGCCUAAUGCUUCUGUGACUGUCACGAACAACUCUGAUUUAAAUGACUCAAGGGAGAUAAACUUUGAAUACCUUAAACAUGUUGUAUUAAAAUUCAUGUCCUGCCGGGAAUCUGAGGCAUUCCAUCUAAUUAAAGCUGUAUCUGUGUUACUGAAUUUUUCACAAGAGGAAGAAAAUAUGCUUAAAGAAACCUUGGAAUACAAGAUGUCGUGGUUUGGGUCAAAGCCAUCUCCUAAAGGCAGUAUCCGGCCAUCUAUCUCAAGCCCAAGGACACCGUGGUCUUAAGGGAACCUGAAAACUGGCAGUCAGCAUCUAGCCACUUAUUUUCUGUGAAAAGAACACUCAACACACUAGUUCAGGUGUGUCUUAAUCACUGUCAUUGCAGUAUUUUGUACAAGAACUUUGAUACUGUUUACAAAAUUAAUACUGUGCAAGGAGAAUUUUCACCACAAACUGAAACACUUCUCUUGGGUUGGAUCCAGGGACUGUCGUCUUGAUGGUCUCUUAAUGGAAGUCAGCUCCUUGUGCUCAUCGGUCUUGUUUCUUAGCACCAAAGGGUAAUGUUAACUCACUAACACUGGUGCUGGCAGUUCAAGCUUCUAACAUUUGCAUCUGUUAUGAUGGUGAUUCUAGCUUCUGUUACGAAAUGCCAGAGUUGAAUAACUCUAGGUACAGUAAAGCUUCCUUGUCUCGCUGUGGAAAGCAAGCAAUGAAAAGAAUGUUGGCAGUGCUGUAUUGAAUUCCUGAUGGUUUGAAAAGCCCUUCAAAGAACAGGAGCAGGAGCUUUAACCAAAAAACAAACAAACAAACAAACAACAAAAAAAAAACUGCCUUGCCUUGUUAUACUGACAGAAUUAAUAGUUUGCAUUUUUUUCAUAUCACUGUGUAAUUUAAGGUGCAUAUAUUCUGGCCUGCAGUCCUGAAGGCUGCAUAUUGAUGAUGAUUAUUUAAUUUGAGAGCACAACUUUAGAGUUGUCUGAUUUUACUUUUCUUAAAGAAAAAUAAUAUUUAAAACGGUCUUAAUUAUAGUACCUAAUACUCAGUCGCCUUUAAAAUUAAUCUACUAGUCUGUACCAUAUGUUGUUAACAUAGGGAAAAGGGGAUAGUAAACCAUUUUAAAAUUUUAAAGUUGAAAAUAUCUUUUAUUUAAAAAAAAAAAAAAAAGUAACAAAGGGUAAAAAAUAUUGGUACUAAACACUUUUUUUUCCUGUGCAAGCUUGCUAGCAACUGAUUUUCAUAAUCAGUAUCUGCCUCUUUGGUUGUGGUUUUAUGUACUUCAGAUACUGAUGUUUAAAAGAACUGUUACAGACAUGUAGCGGGCUCUUAACUGUGUCCUAACUUCAUGGUAAAAGGAACACUGUUUAUGAGGGGUUUUUUUGGUAUUUUUGAGGGCAAAAUUGAAUUAUUAUUCAAUGAAUCUUAGCUCCAGUAGCCUGCUUUCUUCCACCUUAGGAAAAGGGACCAAGCUGGGACUUGCCUCAAGGACUGAGAGCAGUAUUAUGCCUGUAGUCACGAAACAGAAAAAUAGGUGAAAACAGGAAGCAGCGGUCAGUUCGACUUGCUUCUUAAAAAUGGGAUAUGUUUUCAAAAAAUUACUUAUGUAUGGUAGUUCUCUUACAAUAUUUUUACUUAGUAUCUUCAAGAAAAUUCAACAUGUACGCUGGUGGAGAUAAAGUCACUGUUGCUGUCAGAGGUCUGAAUGACCUUGUUGGUAGCAGUAAGAUGGAGUGUUAAGAGUCACAGCAUGUGAGCUCUUCCCUGCCCCUGCAUGCACUCAUGCUGUGGUAAAGAUGAAAGUAUCCUUCCACAUAAGGUCAGUUACCAAAGUAGUAAAUGUGCUGCAAAUCCAUAUUCUAGCUGACCUCCCCAAAUUUUAAGCAACCAGGCAUAGAUACUCAAAGUAGCUAUUACUAUGACAAAGUAAGUAAGUGACACUGCUCAGUUUGUAGCUAGGCUAUAUUUAUUUAAGUUGAAGAAAAACACAGGAUUUUUCAGUGUAUACUGAAGCUGGUCAAACAGUGUCUUUAAUAGCUUGAUUCAUAGCACUUAACUGUGUAGAAUAGGAAAGUUUGGGAAGAGUACAGCUCUGCUUUAAUGUGAAAAUAGACAAUCAAAAAGUAGAUUUGUAUCAAGUGCUCCUAUACUGAAACCAAGUCGGGCAGGAUAACCCUGUGGGUUCUGGGAAGGGCCCAGAUCUUGUUCCUUAAGGUCUUUUUCUUUGGCUCAUCCCCUUGGCCCUGCCCUACGUCGGAGGGACCUGAGACCAAGGGACAGGAUUUCAUCUACUCUUGCUGAUGCUGCUGAAUGACUAAUCGGUUUAAGUUGAUCUUGGCUUGAAAGGUUACUGCUGAACAGUAAGGAAAGCAGUACAGGGGACUUAGGAGAAAUAGUAAUACAUAAAUCUCAGAAUAUUUAUUUACUAACCCAAUUUCAAUUCAAGAUCCCAAAGUUCUUACAGGAUCAACUUACCAUAAAUUAGUUAAGUGCUGAAUUUCCUUUAUAUAUCAGAGCAAGAAUGGUGUGUAUACAUAUAUUAAAAAGCUAAUGCACUUUUUCCUUGUAUAAAAACAAUGGUAUAUAUAAUUCUUUCUAUGGCCAUUGGAUGACUUUCCUUCUAAGCUGUAAAUAAGGAUUGUAUUAUGAAACACUAUGAAAUUUGUGGUGCAAUACAUUUUUGAUUAAAACGCUAAUCUUGAUUUCUUUCUCUUUUAUAAUUCUGGUUAUCUCCACU